ACCUUUAUUUCCUAAUUGAAUCCAAGCAUCAGACUGUGGUUGCAGGUCGGUCUCUUCCAGUCGGUGAAGUUCGGUUCCACCAGUGACCACAAGGCGCCAUAUUAGACAGAACUCUGGGAAGUGGAGCGGCUCUUCAGGCGCUGCUGUUCGGACGGAGACCCUCCAUGCGGCCUCCCUCUGACCGACAGGCUGCCGGGUGAACCUUCAGGGCUCAGCGGGCAGAGCUGGGAGCUUUCCGCCGUCCUUCAGCAGACUCCUCUCCCACAGAUGACUUCCAUAACUCAGAGAAGUUCGGGCCUCGUGCAGAGGCGCACCGAAGCCUCGCGCACCGCCGCCGACAAAGAGCGCGAGCUCGGCCGAGAGGAGCAGGAUGCCGCGCGGGGAGAGGAGCCGGACCGAGACGACAGCGGAGACUCCAAAGAAACGCGGCUCACCUUAAUGGAGGAGGUGCUGCUGUUGGGCCUGAAGGACCGAGAGGGCUACACGUCGUUCUGGAACGACUGCAUAUCGUCGGGCCUGCGGGGGUGCAUGCUGAUCGAACUGGGCCUACGAGGACGCCUUCAGCUGGAGCCGUGUGGCGUCAGGAGGAAAAGUCUGCUGGCCAGAAAGGUUCUUUGCCGCUCCGACGCUCCGACAGGUGAUGUUCUUCUGGAUGAGGCUCUGAAGCACAUCAAGGAGACCCCGACCCCAGAGACGGUGCAGAGCUGGAUAGAACUGCUCAGUGGAGAGACGUGGAACCCACUAAAGCUCCACUACCAGCUGAGGAACGUCCGUGAGCGUCUGGCCAAGAACCUGGUGGAGAAAGGCGUCCUGACCACAGAGAAGCAGAACUUCCUGUUGUUUGACAUGACCACUCAUCCCCUGACCAACAGCAACAUCAAGCAACGCCUCAUCAAGAAGGUCCAGGAAGCCGUUCUGGAGAAGUGGGUGAACGACCCCCAUCGGAUGGACAAGCGGCUGCUCGCCCUCAUCUUCUUAGCCCAUUCGUCCGACGUUCUGGAGAACGCCUUCGCCCCACUAAUAGACGACCAGUACGACCUGGCGAUGAAGAGAGUGCGGCAGCUGCUGGAGCUGGAGCCUGAGGCGGAGAGUAUGAAGACCAACACUAAUGAGAUGUUAUGGGCCGUGGUGGCGGCCUUCACCAAAUGAGACCCUGGAGCUUCCGCUGGGACGAACUGGUUCUCAUGGACCCAUCAGGUCCCAGUUUGCUAAACAUCUGAACUCCUCCAGGAAGUAGAAUUAAGACGCUGACUGAUUAGUAGAUUUUGUUUUCUGUGAACAAAACCGUUUUUUUCUGAGUGCAGGGACCAGCGCUGCGGCGUACGGACUAACCCGUGUUAGAGCGAGACCAAAUUAUGACAAACUGUAUGCAAAGUUCAUGUUUUCUCUGGUGUCAUAUCAACAAGGCUGAUGAUCCAGACUCUGUGUUCUGUCCUUGUGUCGAGGCGUUACUAAGCUGGUUCCUGGUUCAGAGGAACUGCUCCACAUAAGAAGUCCAGAAUAACGAAGAGCCUUUUCUUAUGUGAGAAAUUUGGUAAUAGAAUCUCAAACAAGGUGAAAAGUCUUUGGAAAAGGUACGAUGCAGAUAGUCUGCAGCUAGAAGAUGCAUCCUGGGCUAACUGGGUCUACCGACUGGAUCUGGUUCAGCCAACAUGGCUGUAGAUCUGGACAGGUGCACUGGCUGUGAUCGUAAAGCGUCCCCUAAACAAAGCAGUUUC